CUCUGCACGUACGGCAGUUAAACACACGUUCAGUUUGUGUAAUAACCGCCCCCUGCGAGCACAACAGCUAUCGGCGCGGCGUUUAGGAGGAAAGCCUCGCUUCAGAGCGUUACUUUCUCACGCACAACAUGGAACAGAGGACGUUAGUUAGAAAACAACAGCGCAUGAGGCAAAAACAAGCGCGGGCACCCGCAACUUCACGCGCGAACGCGCUGACAGCGAUUUAAAAGCCUUCGUAAAAGUUUCGCUGACGCGCGCGUGACGUUGGACGAGUCAAAUGUAACAGGCGACCGCUGUCAGUUUUGUUUGUUUGUCUUUAAUAAUUAAAAUCGGAGGGAAGUGUAGGUUGGCAUGGGCGCCAAACAGAGCAGUCCCGCUGCCAACGGGCGCACGCGAGCGUACUCGGGCUCGGAUCUCCCGUCGGGCACGUCGUCGAGUAACGGCAGCGGCAGAACGGCUGCGAUGAGAUAUCACGCGCACGGCACCUCAGGUGCUACAUCAUCAUCAUCGUCGUCUUCAUCAUCAGCGGCAGUGGCCUCUAACUAUAUUGGUGCCAGGACGCGCUCCGUCGGGGGUGGCACCGGUGGCCCGGGCGCUCGACCCCAGUCGACCAUUAAUAUACCGAACUCCGGAGCCUAUAGUUCUCAAGAGUCCGGUAACAGCACACCGGAGGAGAACGGCGGAGAGAGAGAGCGGUCAACCGGCACUCCGAGACUGUUGAUCGGAUCUUUACCUGCUCACCUGUCGCCUCAUCUCUUCGGAGGUUUCAAGUGCCCCGUCUGCUCCAAGUUUAUUUCUUCAGAUGAAAUGGACCUUCAUCUGGUCAUGUGCUUGACAAAACCUAGAGUGACAUACAACGGCAUCGUCAGUUUCCAUAAACUCAACGGGACAGAUAGUCCUCUGUGCAGCUGGGGAAUGUGCCAAACUGAGAGAUAUUAUAGUGGAAAAAAUCUGAUCUAAAACAACAUGAGAUUCCCAGCGGUUAGUGCUGUUGCUGCCAGGUUUGUGUGACAGAGAACAUCCAUUGGGGGAAAAGUCAAGCGUAAUAAAGUCACCGCCAUCAUUGAGAGUUGUUUUAUUUACUAAGUGACAAAAUUAUUAAAAAUAUACAUUAACUAAGUAAACAUGGUUUAUAAAACUCCUUUUUUUGACACCACUUUUUGCUUUAUUCCAUUACUCACCCUUAUUUCAUCUUUUGAGGCCCGCUGCUUUACAAGGUCCACAGAGUUUUUGGAUGAGGAUGAAAAAUGCUCCCUGCCUCAUUCUUCCGCCCAUUUUGACGACAGCAGCUAAUUUUAGUACAUUAACACAACAGCAUUUAAGGCAGCAAAUAAAGCAGCACUGAAUGAAAAUCAGUGGGUCUGGGUGAAUGAGGAUGUCUGUCUCUAAAAAUCUCUGUGGAUAAUGACUAUACAUGCUGUUUUUGUUCACAUUUAUUCUUCCGUAAUAUAUCCUUAUUCUCAGUUUUUUGUUUGUGUUAGUAUGCUGGUAAUAGGGAGUGUGCUGAAUAUUAUGCAGUAUAAGCUAAUAUUCCAAUCCAUUAUGUCUGUAAUGUGACAUAUUUAUGAGUAUGAGUAUUCAGCAAUUAAUAAAAAAAUUGGGUUAUGAAUCUUAGGGUAAUAAGCUGUGGUUGGUGUUCACGCUGAAAGCCACCUCUCUGAGACUGCAUGCGAACAUGCAAAUUUAGUUCUCUUUCGCAUCUUAUUGCGCUUGAAUGGUCAGAUAGACAGACAAUAAUUUCCGUUGUGAGGAGUAUUCACGUAAACAUAGUCGGUUAUGUCUUAAAUUAACUUAAACAGUUGGGUGAAAACCGGAUGUGUGUCAGUAUAUUGGAUUAGUGCAUUCGGUCUUAAAGUGACAGCAGCAUAAUAAACUGCUAGCUGUCUCAUUAAUGUUAAUCAGACAACAAAAGAUUCACUGCUCAUGACUGAAUCACUUGUAUCUUUAAUACAAAUCAGUUCAGAUUUGAUUCAUACAGUGAAAACUAUGAAGUGUUUUAGUUAUACACUCUGUAUUUGUCCUACCGUUUGCUUCUUUGUUCUUAUUUGUAAUUAAAAAAUAAAUAAAAAUAGCUAUAUUGAAAUGUAGAUCGUUAUCGUGAAGAAAAAAAAUGUCAUACCGUGAAAUAAGAUUUUGGUUACAUACAAUAUAAACAUAUAUAAACAUAAUUCAUACUAAGGAAUUGUGCACUUACCAGGACAUUUAUUAGGGAAGCAAAUAUAGGCUUAAUUAUACGGAGCCCCGGACAUGACAUGCAGGAAAAAAAUAGUAAGCUAAAUCGUGUGCACGAUUUACUAAUUCGUUCCCUCGAUUUAUAAAUCAUGCACAUGAUUUAUAAAUCGAGGAAAGGAAUUAGUCGAGGGAAGGAAUUAAUAAAUCGUGCACACGUUUUAGUAAAUUGAGGGAAGGAAUUAGUAAAUCGUAAUUAUGAUUAAAGGUUGUCUUUAAAGUUAUCAUGAAGUCAAAAGUGACUCUAUUUACUUUCUUAACUCAUGUUAUUUUGGUCCGGGUUUCAUUAAAUAAUUUGUCUAAAAAAAAGUUUGUCUUCAUAAUCUUUCAUCAAAAUAUAGUAACAUCCUCCAAACGACUCUUCUUUUCAGCUGCUCUCUUAAAUAUUUCUUAUUUUUUACAUUCACCUUCCAGUCAACUUCUCAUGGUUAAAAUCAAGUUCUGUCCUUCAGUGUUUCUCGUUCAAUAUCCUGUUUCACUCAGAAACAUGUCAGAUUAUGGAAUAUAAAUGGGUAACAUUUACAUGGUGAACAUGGCAGGUUCUUGAGUUAUGUAAGCUUUUGAGAGAGAUAAAUGGCCGUCUGUGUAUGUUUCUGAAUGUUUGUGAGUUUGUCUCUCCAUCUCUUGCCUCUUGCCGUAGCCCACAGAGUACCAAACACCAGAUGCAUGCUCUCCCUCCAGGGCCCAUCUCAACACAUGGCCUCUGCUGCUAAUCUGGGCCAAACACACACAGCCCCACAUGCAGAGCACUUGGCAGUGAACAUAAUAGGGCAGAUGAUGAAUAAACCGCUGUAGUGUUCGUAUCUUCACUUCAGCUCUCAGACGUUUGGAAGGAAGCGCUAGUCAGGAACACUCUCAGCAAAUACAGUUCAUUAAGAUUUAUUAGUUGAACUUUGACAGAUCAUGUGCUAUUAGAUGAGGGACCAUCAAGUGAAAAUGGCAGGCAAUAGCCCAAAUCACAGGCAUGUAUAGGAUUUUUUCCCCAAUUAUUUUUAAAGCAUCAGAAGCAAAGUGUGUGUGUGUGUGUGUGUGUGUGUAUGUGUAU